AUGUACGUUAUUCAGCUUCUCAAAGCUGGGAAAGCUAAGGAAGUGUCCUAUAAUGCCCUAGCCUCACACAUAAUUUCAGAAGACGGGGACAAUCCAGAGGUUGGAGAAGCUCGGGAAGUCUUUGAUUUGCCUGUCGUAAAGCCUUCUUGGGUGAUUUUGUCCGUUCAGUGUGGAGCUCUUCUGCCAGUAAAUGGUUUUUCUCCAGAGUCGUGUCAGAUUUUUUUUGGAAUCACCGCCUGCCUCUCCCAGGUAUCAUCUGGAGACAGAAGUGCCCUGUGGGCUUUGCUUACUUUCUAUGGAGGGGAUUGCCAGCUGAACCUCAACAAGAAAUGCACACACUUGGUUGUUCCAGAACCGAAGGGGGAGAAAUACGAAUGUGCUUUAAAGAGAGCAAGUAUUAAAAUUGUGACCCCCGACUGGGUCCUGGAUUGCAUAUCUGAGAAAACCAAAAAAGAUGAAGCAUUUUAUCAUCCUCGUCUAAUUAUUUAUGAAGAGGAAGAAGAGGAAGAAGAAGAGGAGGAAGAGGUAGAAAACGAGGAACAAGAUUCCCCAAAUGAGGGUAGUACAGACGAAAAAUCGAGCCCUGCCAGUUCUCAAGAAGGAUCUCCUUCAGGCGAGCAGCAGUUUUCACCCAAAUCAAACACAGAGAAAUCUAAAGGGGAAUUGAUGUUUGAUGAUUCUUCAGAUUCAUCACCUGAAAAACAAGAGAGAAAUUUAAACUGGACCCCAGCUGAAGUCCCACAGUUAGCUGCAGCAAAACGCAGACUGCCUCCGGGGAAGGAGCCCGGGUUAAUUAACUUGUGUGCCAAUGUGCCGCCCGUCCCUGGCAGCAUCUUACCACCUGAGGUCCGGGCUCACUUAAUGGCUUCAGGACAAAAUCUCCAAAAUGCUGAGAGGUCAGAAAUGAUAGCUACUUGGAGUCCAGCUGUGCGGACAUUGAGAAACAUUACUAAUAAUGCUGACAUUCAGCAGAUUAACCGACCGUCAAAUGUAGCACAUAUCUUACAGUCCCUUUCAGCACCUACAAAAAAUUUAGAACAGCAGGUGAAUCACAGCCAACAGGGCCAUGCGAAUGCCAAUGCAGUGCUGUUCAGCCAAGUGAAAGUGACUCCAGAGCCACAUCUGUCACAACAGCAGCAUGCGCCCCAGCCCCAGACGCAGCCGCAGCAGCACCCAGUUCUACACCUUCCACCGCAGCAGAUCAUGCAGCUCCAGCAGCAGCAGCCACAGAUUUCUCAGCAGUCUUACCCCCAGCAGCAGUCGCAUCCGUUCCCACAGCAGCAGCAAGUCCAUCCGCAUCAGUUCCCGCAGCAGCAGCUGCAGUUUCCACAGCAGCAGCUGCAUCCUCAGCAGCAGCUGCACCGCCCUCAGCAGCAGCUCCAGCCCCUGCAGCAGCAGCAUGUCCUGCAGCAGCAGUUGCAUCAGCUGCAGCAACAGCAGCUGCAGCAGCAACAGCUCGCACAGUUACAGCAGCAACAGCACAACCUGCUGCAGCAGCAGCAGCGCCUGCACCAGCAGCAGCAGCAAAUGCAAACUCAGACAGCGCAGCACCUGAGUCAGACGCCCCAGGGACUACAGCAUCAGGCUGCGCCCCUGCAGCACCAGCACCCACAGCCGCAGCCGCCACAGCACCAGCUUUUUGGGCAUGACCCAGCAGUGGAGAUUCCAGAAGAAGGCUUCUUACUGGGAUGUGUGUUUGCAGUUGCGGAUUAUCCAGAGCAGAUGUCUGAUAAGCAGCUGCUGGCCACCUGGAAAAGGAUAAUCCAGGCGCACGGCGGUGCCGUGGACCCUACGUUCUCCAGUCGAUGCACACACCUUCUCUGUGAGAGCCAAGUCAGUGGUAUGUAUGCACAGGCGAUAAGAGAAAGGAAGAGGUGUGUCACCGCACACUGGUUAAACACGGUCUUGAAGAAGAAGAAGAUGGUGCCCCCUCAUCGAGCCCUUCAUUUCCCAGUGGCAUUCCCCCCAGGAGGAAAGCCGUGUUCCCAGCACAUUAUUUCUGUGACUGGAUUUGUUGACAGUGACAGAGAUGACCUCAAGUUAAUGGCUUACCUGGCAGGUGCCAAGUACACCGGCUACCUGUGCCGCAGCAACACCGUCCUCAUCUGUAAAGAACCAACUGGCUUAAAGUAUGAAAAAGCCAAAGAGUGGAGGAUUCCCUGCGUGAACGCCCAGUGGCUGGGCGACAUCCUUCUUGGGAACUUCGAGGCGCUGAGGCAGAUCCAGUACAGUCGCUACACGGUGUUCAACUUGCCCGACCCAUUUGCCCCCACUCAGCAGUUGGUUUUAAAUCUUCUGGAUGCUUGGAGAGUUCCGUUAAAAGUGUCAGCAGAGGUGUUGAUGGGUGUGAGACUACCUCCUAAAAUGAAACAGAAUGAAGUAACUAAUAUCCAGCCUUCUUCCAAAAGAGCCAGAAUUGAAGAUAUACCACCUCCCACUAAAAAGUUAACACCAGAAUUGACCCCUUUUGUGCUUUUCACUGGAUUUGAGCCUGUCCAAGUUCAACAGUAUAUUAAGAAGCUCUACAUCCUUGGUGGCGAGGUCGCUGAGUCUGCGCAGAAAUGCACACACCUCAUCGCCAGCAAAGUGACACGCACGGUGAAGUUCCUGACAGCCAUCUCUGUGGUGAAGCACAUAGUGACUCCAGAGUGGCUGGAAGAGUGUUUCAAAUGCCAGAAAUUUAUUGAUGAGCAGAACUACCUUCUCCGGGAUGCCGAGGCCGAGGUGCUUUUCUCCUUCAGUUUGGAAGAGUCCUUAAAAAGGGCACAUGUUUCUCCACUCUUUAAGGCAAAAUAUUUUUACAUCACACCUGGAAUCUGCCCGAGUCUUUCAACUAUGAAAGCGAUUGUGGAAUGUGCAGGAGGAAAAGUAUUAUCCAAACAGCCGUCUUUCCGGAAACUUAUGGAGCAUAAGCAAAAUAAGAGUUUGUCAGAAAUCAUUUUAAUAUCCUGUGAAAAUGACCUUCACUUAUGUCGAGAAUAUUUCGCCAGAGGCAUAGAUGUUCAUAAUGCAGAGUUUGUUCUAACUGGAGUGCUUACACAAACACUGGACUAUGAAUCAUAUAAAUUUAACUGAGGCAUCUGCACUGCGGUCUGACCGGAGUCCUGGAGUGUCGGCUGCUGGACAGAGCGGCCGGUUCUCCCCUCACGUGCCCUUGUUUUCCAGCUGCUGCCGUAGGUGACAAGCGUUCUAAAGCAGGAAAACAAAUAUAAUAAAUGUGCUGCAUCUUA